CACGUGCCUGUCGGGUUCCCGCAGUUAAAAAUGGAGAGCGGUACUUCCGCACACGAUAGCGCGUGAAGUGCAUUUUAGAAUAAUACAUCAAUAUUUAUAUCCACGAGAAGUGUGAAGCCACGGCAAAACAAAAAUGACACAAGGUUGUUACCGCGUGUCCCCUUGAUAACUGUUCAUUUAGCUUUAGUUGUGUGAGUACUUAAGUGCACUUAAGGGAAUAGCACAAUGAUUAAUUCUUGGUACCAUUUAGUAACCAACGCAUUCACUGUGAUAAAAAUACACACCCAAAACCCAUGCUGUACUCCCAUUAUUUACAUUUCUGUCUCAAUAUGUAUUUCUCUAAAUUCCCUUUGGUCCUUGAACGCAUCGUAGCUGUUCACUUUUAAAUCCGAUGAAGCGCAGAACCUGAUUGGUUCGCGGCGAUUUUAGCGCUCAAAAUUCGCGCCACAAUUUACCGGAGCUUUUAAUAUUUUACCAUUCUCUUCCUUAAAUUCAUCCCUACACCUUUUUCCUCCAUCUUCAACGUAACGUCAUCUGCUCCAUUCAGACAGAUAAAAUGUUUUACUAUCCGAACGUCCUCCAACGCCACUCUGGAUGCUUUUCAACAGUCUGGUUAGCAGCAACCAGAGGCAUCCUGGUCGAUCGCAGAGAGCUUCUCAAAGUCAACAUCAGGCGAACAUGCGGGGACAUUUUGGACUACGUGACGGCUCAGGUUCCUCCACCUCAACCCCACCAGGCGAGGCCUCGGUUCUCCCUCUACCUGACGUGCCAGCUGCAGUACGGAGUGGUGGUGGUCUUCCACAGGCAGUGCGGCUUCCUGCUCGGCGAGGUUCAACAGACCAUUGACCGCCUGAUGCACUGCAAAAGAUGCAUAUCAAUCGACGUGGCCGAGUCUGACAGGUUGACCUUGGACGUGCCUGACAGCAUGCACAUGAUGGACGAGGCCGAGGGAGCUCAGGACCCCUUCUUCGGCCUCAUGGAGUCACACCAGCUGCCCAGCCCCUAUAAAAUGCACCAGCAGAUGUCGGGGUUUGAAGCGGCGGGUUCACAGCGAUCCCUGGUGCCCAGUCGCCACGGCACGCCGGACGUCAGCGGGUUCAGGUCACUUCCGGGUGACAUCUCCCUGAAAGAGAAGGAGCAGUUUGUCAUCACCGCUGCCGAGCGGGAUUUCGAGGGCGUUGACCUUCCCGAAGCCACAGCCAGAGAGAUCGACUUGCUGAUGGAUCAAACGGAGCAUUUCUGUACAGAAGUGAAGCAGACAGACGGGAGCGAACGGCAACGAGAAGGAGCCACGUCCUCUUUCGACCAGCUGAAGGACACGGUGACGGCAGCCGGGCGGGACAGUGUGUGGCUGCUCGACCAGGACUCUGCUCACCCUGCGGAGGGUCCUCAGGCGGCCGUCGCCCUGGAGAUGACCCUGCGGCAUGUUGCCAUGCCAACGCCACCCUGCGGGGAAUCUGGGAAAGGGGGAGACUCAGAAAGUCCCAAUCAAGAGACGGCGGCUCCUCCUCCUCGGAAGCCCGGCGGAGGACUCCGGCGUCAGCUGGUCUUCGCCGACCCUCAGGUCCAGAUAUCUGAAGGAGCCAUGAAGGAACAGAUUGAAAACCGGCUGGCGGAGACACUGGGACUGUCCGAGGUGCUGCUGGACGUUCACGCCUUGACCCAGCGGCCCCCUCCUGCUCAGCUCUUCGCCGCCCCCUGUGGAUCGCUCCUCAACACCGACCUGCAGUCCCUGUGGAAGCAGAGCGCCUCGCUCACCGCCCUGCACGGACACUCGGGGGGUUUGUGGGGGGAGGAAGAGGAGUCACAGCGGGACAGAGAAAUACUGAGAACAGAGAGGAAGAGGAGGCAGUCAAGCGUGAGGGAGAUAUCCAGUGAGUCAGGACUGCAACCCGUUGAUAGCUCAUCUGUGAUCCUGGACAUGUCCAAAGAGGACAAGUCCAUAAGCGACGUGAUGACUCCCGUCAGCAAAUGGUCUCCACAAGAAGAGGCCCUUCUUCGAAUGGAGCCCAUCGAGGAGGAGAACGUUGAGAUGCCCGAGGCUCAGACUGACCAGGAGGCCAGGGACAUGCUCAGGUGGAUCUGCUCCAGCCUGCAGAGCUCUGCAGAAAUCACCUUUGACUCUCUGGUGCCCCCAGAGGCCGACCGCACCACCGCAGCUCACACCCUCCACACGCUGCUGGAGCUGCUGUCUGCACGACAGGUGACUGUCCGUCAGUCUACGCCCUUCAGUGACAUCACCAUAAACCCUGCAAGGCCCAUGAUGACCGCCUGAACACUCUCUCACACACACACACACACACACACACACACACACACACACACACGGCAUUUGAGGGAGUUAAUGUUUUUAUAGAAAAAUAUAAUAAAUGAAUUCAGUCUUUUACAUUUUCAACAACAGAUCACACAGGUUAAAUGUUUUUAUAUGAAUUGUGUGAUUUUUAAAUUGAACCUAAUCUGGUUUUAAUUUGUUCAUAUGGUUGUAUUUUUAAAUGUUUAUACCCGCUGAGUUUACAAUUGUUGCAUAAACUAAUGUCCCAAACUGUUUUUGAUGUUUAAGUGAACAUCUGGAUGCAGUAGCUUUGUUAUACAGUUUUUAUUUUCAACAUGGAUCUGAUCUUUUUAAACUUUUAAUAAAAUGUGUUUAAAUCUGUA